AUGACGGAUUCUGGAGCUGCGGAGCUUUGUUUGAAAAUUGGAGACGACAAAGGCAAUUCUGGAGAAAAAGAUGAUUUUGCGAUUGAAAUUGAAAAGUUGCAGGUUUGUUUUGUUUAUUUUUUGACCAAGAAUUAGACUAACUCUUUUAAGCCUAGCCAACUUUGCUCUUUUUUUAUAAACAAAAAUGUGCUCUUUCUGCUCCGAAAAAUUCAGAUUUUUUGCAGGCAACACUUCAAGAAAUGCUCGAUUGUACGAGCAGCCCAAGCACAUCACUCGAUUCGGCGAAUGAGCAAAAAGGUGAGCUGGAAAUGGCUGAAAAUUGCAGAGAUGGAAGAGAAAAGUGCGUGCGGCCGAGUGUCGGUUUCUAGGCCACACCACGUUUUUCAUUUUCAUAUUUUUUUUUCGUUUUUUUGGUCAAUUGUACAAUACCUGGAAGACAUGCCCUGGAACUGAAUUUCCUGUAAAAAUGUACAAAACCUGGAUUUUUUAACAAAAACCUAGAAGCUAGAAAAAUAUCUGAAAUUUCUCAAAUCAAUCCGAGAAUGUGAUUUUUAUGUUCUAAGUCUAGUUUUUCCGCUACUAGACCUCUGCCGAAAAAUGAAAAUGUUGAAAAUGAAAAUAUUUUGCCUGUAAAAACUGGAAAAUCUUUCUAGACAUGGAUUUAUUAGUUUGAAAACGUGUUUUUGUGAAUUUUUUGAAUAUACGAGCAGAAAAACGCAAUACAUUUUUUUCCAGGUAUUGUACAUUUUUACAGGAAAUUCAGUUCCAGGGCAUGUUCUCCAGGUAUUGUACAAUUGACCUUUUUUUCGCUUGAAACCUGGAAUUUUUGAGUUUUCAGGGUGUUUCAAAGGUUUUAGAAUGUUAGAAGACCUUGAAGUUAUCAGGAAAAACCAGAUUUGCAAGGGUUUUCCCAGGAAUUUUCAAGUUUUUCAUUGGAAAAUAUAAGUUUCACCGAAAAUGGGGUUAUCUUGAUUUUUUGAGAAAAAUAUUCAUUUUUUCAAGAGGGAAAAAUAGCUCUUGACUGAAAAUUAGAGAUUUUUCAUGUAAAAGUGCCCCGGAAACUUAAAAUCAUGAUUUUGUGGUGAAAAACUGUAAUUUCCAAUGAGAAGUAAAUUUUGUUUUGAUUUUUAGCUGAAAUUUUCUAAUAUUCUUUUAAGAAAUCUCUCUAAUCAUUCUGAAAACCUGAAAAUCUCUGAAAAAUCCAAUUUUCUCUCUCCCAAACCCUCCCAAUGUUUUUUUCCAGCUUCUUCCGGAUUAUCAGCUCGCCGCCUAGUUCGAAUCGCGUGUGAUUCCACAAAUAAUCCACAUCAAAACUUCUCAACAACUUCAUCAUGCCAUUCAGAUUCGGGAAAUUCAACAACAUGUCGUGGGGAUCCUCUUCCGUUUUCUGUGUAUGGCGGAGCAUCGUUGGGUCGACUAAUAUUGAUUGAUAUUGUUAGAAGAGAGGAUUUGAUUGGAUUAGUGAAUCCAAAUGAUAUUUUAUUAUCGGUGGAGAAUGUGUGAGUUUUUUUUACAAAUUUUCGGCUGGAAAUCUCUAAUUUUCAGUGUAAAUUUAAUAUUUCUGCUCCCAAAAACCUCUAAUUGUUUUUUUUGCAGAAAAGUAUCUGGAAUGAUAAAAUCGGAAGUUGUAAAACUUCUCGAAGAUUCGAUGAGAGACAAAGAUCAAAUCGCAAUCGAAGUUCUACCGGCUUCUUCUAUCACCGAUGAUAUUACUGAACUUUUGGCUGAUCGGAAAUCGAGCGGAGAAUUUCAGACAAUUAUCAGAGAGAAUUUGUAUCAGAAAACUGUGCCUUGUGAGUUUUUUCAGGAGGAAUUGAAAUUGGGAAAAUUUGUUCUUUAUUCAAUUGAGUUUAACCUGAGCAAUGAUCAAUUUUUGAUUUUUACUCUGGGAAAAUGACAUGAGCAAUAUCCUCCCUUGGAAGUGAUCGUUGAAAAGUGGACUUUCUAGGCUUGGCUACUAGAGAGCAAGGUUCUCUAGGCUCGACUGCUUAGCAUAUAAGCUCUCAAGGCGCGGAACCUUGGCAGAGUGCAUCUUUAGAUGUGGCUCCUAUACAAUUAUGUUCUCAAGGCGCGGCUCCUUGAGAACUACGAUUUCUAGGCUUUCGUGCUUGUCGCAGAAACUCUCAAGGCGCUGGUCCUGAACAAUUCGGCAUGUAUGACCAUAAAUCCUCAAUUUUUCAAUUUGAAUUUAACAUGAGCAAUGAAAUAAUUACCAAAAUUCAACCUCCCAGUGGUGCCUAUAUUUUUUCCCUUUCUGACAGCUGCUUCUCAAUUUUUCUCGUUUUUUUUGCCCGGCCGUUUAAAUAGUGAAUUAUGGCUAGACAUCUUCUUCCUUGACAUCUUCUUCCUUAUGGCUAGACAUCUUCUUCCACAUACUUUUAUCCCUAGGUUUUUCACAUUAUCUCUAAUUUUAUUUGAUUUUUUCUAUAAUGUCUGAUAUAUUUCCGCUAAGUCCCAUCAAAGUUGCAUAUUUAUCGAAACGGUCCAGUUUACCGGUUGAGGAUUUUCGCAAAUUUUGGAAUGGUUUGGAUAAUUUUUGUGGGGAAUUUGUCUAAUAUGAGCAAUGAUUUUUCACUUUUUCAAGUUUCCAGGAAAUUUCUGAAAGUGUAUAUUAUUCACAGUUAAAAAUCAGAAAAUUUCAAAUUUUUCUAAUAUGAGCAACGAUUUAUUUUCAGACACAACCCGUCCACCAAGAGAAGGUGAAAUUGAUGGUGAACACUAUCGAUUUGUCAGCGUCGAGGAGUUUAAUCGAUUUUUGGAACAAGGAGAAUUGCUGGAAAAUGGAACUUAUCAAGGUUGGUUUUUUAGGGGAAGGGGAUUUUUGGGAGCAAAAAUUGCUGAAAAUUUGAAAAAAAAUCAUCAGGUUUCAUUUUUCCCAUGGGAUUUAAUUCUGAAGCUCAAAAAUUAGCAUUUUUUGUGUUUUGAAUUUAGGAUUUAUCUAAAAACCCCACUUUUUGUGAAAUUUUUUGACUAAAAAACUUGACCCAUUUUGAAAAAUUUUGAAGGGUUUUCUCAGUUUUGGUGCAAAAAUAGGCAGUUUUGAAGCUCUGAAUAUCUAGAUUUUUUAGCCAUAAAAAAUUGUAGAAUUUUUUCCAACCAAAAAUUCUAAAAUGCUUUUGGCUCAGAAUAGUUAUCAUAACUCAACUCACUAUAAUUUUUCUCUAAAGAAAACUGAGAGUCAGAAAAUGACUUGCAUAUUCGAUUCACCUGAAAUUCAUCAGAAAUUCUAGAAUUUUCUCUAACCUUUCUGCGUCUCUUCAUGUUCCCUCUCUCUUUCUCUUUCUCUAUAUAUUUUUUAUAUCAAACAGUAGCGUAGGCUAAUAAAGGUACACCAUAUAAUAUACGCCAUUAAUUCCGUCUUCUUCUUGUAAUCCAACCUUGUCCCGCUUUACCUACCUCCCGUUUUUCUCUAACCUCCUGCUCCCUACUCUCUCAUUUCCCCGCACUAUUUCUUCCCUUCCCUCGUUUUUUUUCUAAAUUCCCAUUGCGCAAUUUCUUAUACUCAUUCGGUUUCUUCUAUUCAUUCACACAUGGGUGUGUCUGGUGUCUCUUCUGUGGUGCACACUAUCUCGCCGGCCCGCCAUUUUUUUUGUGGACAAGGUUUUUUACCUGUGACAUGACAUUUUUUGUGUGUUUGAAUUGGAAAUGGAGGCGUUUUUGUUUUGUAUUCUUUGGGUUUUGAACUAGCCAUAAAAUUAGGUUUAAAGAAAUUAGACCUAAGAAUGUUAAGGGCUUUCGGUUAGGGUUAGGUUUAGGUACUUUUUUUGAGUUUAGUUCUAGAAGGUUUCAAGUGCUCAAAAAUGUCCUAGGAUCGAAUUUCGCGCUGAAAACCAUGGAAAUCGUGAUUUUCAGCACGAAAUUUGACCCUCGAGCAAGAUUUUCUAGUGAAUUCAGCAUUUAUUUUUUAGAUUCUACAUUUAUACGAUAAUAAAUUUUUUUUAAUUUUGAAAUUAUCAAAAUUUGUUGAAACGUACAUUUUCUCAGGUAUUUUUUCUUGUUGAAAAAACACAUAAAAAUAAUUCAAUUUUCGUUUCCCGAGACCUUUUGCGAAUUAAAAAUGUAUUAGAAAAGACCUAGAAAAAAAAACAAAACACGAUAAUUAUUCAUUGUUUUUUUUUAUUUGUUUUGAAGGAAAAACAGAACAAAUCUGUAUAAUUAUUAGGUAGUUUUUUGUUUUGUUUUUGACUUUGAAUUAUUAAAAGUCGAAUAAUGAGUUUUGGGUCAAAAAAUCCUUAAAAUUGGAAUUUUCUGUAUCGAAAAGUUGUAUUAAAACCAAAAAAUUACCCAAACAUCCAGAAAAAUCUGAAUUUUCAGCACAAAAAUCUUGUUAAAUACUAAGCCUGACCGUAAGCCUAAGCCUACUUUUCGCCCCAAGAAAUCCAGAAAAAUUUAAAUUUCUAGCCCGAAAUCUCAUAGCCUAAAAGCCUGGCCCCAAAAUAAUCUGAAAAUAAUUUAUUCACAUUUAAAAUGUUCUUCUCUUCUUCCAUUUUUUCUCCCCGUGUCCAAAGAAUUCCCAAAAGUCGUAAAUCAUGAAGUUGUCAACGAAAAAAGAGCCCCCGCGAAGCCGAUAUUUUACAUUUUUGACAUGAAAAUUUGUGUGUGUUUCUUUUUUUCCUUUUUCUUUUCUUCUUAUUUUUGAAAUCUUGGAGUAGUUUUACAUAGUAGUUUUAUUGAUUCUGUCAAUUUUUGGGGUGCUGAACUUGAAAAUUGGAAAAAUUUUGGAAAAAAUCUUCAAAAAAGUUCACUGUUACAAAAAUCUAAUGAAUUUUUUCCAAAAUUUUUGAUUUAUGCUGUUCGUAUAUCAAAAAAAAAACAGAUUUCAGAUUCCGAAAAAUUAACUGUUUCAAAAAUUUAAGGUAUUUUCUGAAUAGCUAAAUUUUUUGAUGAAGCGUCUGUUUCUAGAGUUCCUGACAUUAAAAUCAAUGAAAUCACACAAUUCAACUCACUGCCAAAAUUACAAACUUAAAUUUUUAUUGAAAUUGUACGGCCAAGAUAAGUUUUGAAAUUUAAUUGAUCAAAAAUUUCGAUUAUGAAAACAUAUACUGUUUCAUUUCUGGAUUCUAUCAUUAAGAAUAAUUCAAGAAGAUUUACUGUUUCGAAAAAUGUAUGAAUUUUUGGCCUUUCGAAAGUUUUUGAUUGUUUUCGGAAUUUUUAUACAAAAUUAACAAUAGUUUUUGAUUUAGUCCAGAUUUUCAAAAAGUGAUUCGGCUUAGUAUUUUUCCCCGAAAACCUGGUACGAUUGUGAUCCAGAAUUGUCUCCAAAAAUCACUCCCUCCUCUUUUUUCUCCCACCAAAUAAACUUAAUUCAAUUGUCGCGCAUCUCACAUACACUCACACAAUCUAUUCAAUUUUGUGUUUCAUCCCUCCAUUUUAUCCAAUCCUUCUUCAUUUUUCUCCUUAGUUUUGAAAUGUUUUUGUGUGUUGUUAGAAGAAAAUUGCAAAAAUCCUUGAACAAGACACUUUUUAUGUGUGUGUUUCUUUUUCGAAUUUUUACGGACAUACUUGAUUUUUGGAUUGAUGAGAUUUGGAAAAUUGAAGCUUCCAGAAAAAUUGGAAAUUUUUAUUGCAAAGAAUACCCUCUGUAAUGAGUUCUGUGAUUUUUGUGAAAAAAUUGAUUAUCAGAAAAUAUUUUUACCUAUAAUCAAUCAAAUUCUCAGAAUUUUGGCGCCAAAAAUUGUUCAAAUUCCAUUCUAUUUUCUCUAGAAAUCUAGAAAUAGAAAUUGUAACGUGACCUAAAAAAUUUCAUAUUUUUUCAAAAAUAUUUUUUAUCACCUGACCUUUCUCUAAAAAAAUUUUUGCGGUCUGAAACUUUUGAUAAGUUUUCUUCAUUUUUCAUUUUCUCUCUCUCUCUCCAAGAAAACAAAAACUUUUUACUCGUUUGCAAAAGUGAAAAGAGAAAACAAAAAAAAGUUUUGUUGAAAAUGAAGUUAGGCCAAGUCCCACCCGCCAAACGAUCAUUUUUCUCCUUCCGGAAAAAAUGAGAAACUAGAGUCUUCCCUUUUUUUGGAAGAAAACGAAAUGUAUUAGCUAACCUUCUUUUAUUUUUUGGAACUUUUUAGUAUUUUUUGACUGAAAAUGCAACGAGUUCGACGAAUUUUGUUGGCGGCUAGACUGAGAAAAACGAAAUCGGAAGAUGUUUCCAAUUUUUCGAGAGGUAGAUUUGAUUUUUGUGGGAUUUUUUGGAUCAAAAAAAUACAUUUUGUGAAUUUCAAAAUUGUUUGAAAAAUUCACUGUUUCAAGAAAUUGAGAAAAAGUAAAUGGUUUUUGUCAUUUUUGAUUUUCUUGCGGAUAUCAUAAACUCAUUCUAGAAAGUUAGGGUACUGUAGAUCAAUUUUUGGCCCCAAAUAAACUACAGUUCGAAAAUUGGAAGGUUUUGGGAGGGGUUAGUCUAACUAGUUUUUAAAGCACACAAUUUUUCGAAUUUCUUGGCGGAAAAUUUUAUUUGGAAAAAUGCAUUGUUUCAAAAAAAUGGGAAAAAUCUGUUGGUUCUAUUGUUUUUGCUGAUCCUUCACUUGAACAUUUCAAAAACUUUAUUUCAAAUUGUUUGCCUCCAAAAUUUAGGCACUUUGAGAAGAAAUUCUGAAUUUUUCAUAUUUUUUAAAAGAAAAAUUCACUGUUUCAAAAAAUUUACAAACUUUCUCAUUUUUUCUGAUAAUUUGAUUUCCUUGUUCCUGCUGACUUUGAUCUUCUGGUUAUUUAUUUAUCUAAAAUUUCCAGACGGGAAAGCAUCGACUGUCUCAGAAUGAGUUUCUGAAUUAGUAAUUUUUGUUGAAUUUCACUACAAAAAUAUCCCUCAACCUUCAAAACCUCCCAAAUUUCUCUCCAAAAUUGUCUGCCCGUUUUGAUCAACGUUUUUAAUUGCAACAAGCGCGCAAUUAAAAUAUUAUAAGAUUCACUGAUCCAUACUUUUUACUACAAAAUUUUGUCUGUUUAUUUAUUCAAACAACAAAACUUUCUCCUUUUUUCUAAUUUUUCUCUCGUCACUCUCUCAUUUCUCCAUACUAUUUCUCCUUCAUUUGGUCAUCCCGAAUAAUCGAAUCGAACGAGGGACAAAAUUUGUGUGUGUGUAUGGAUAAUGAGUGACUGACUGUUCGUUUUUGCCAUGAAAUUGAUUGUUAUCUCACUUCGUACGCUUUGUUUUUCCUGUUUUUGUACAGUUGUCGAAAAUCGGUCAAUUGUAAAUUUUGGAGAAUUUUUUGAUCAGCAAAAAUUUCACUGAAAUUACAACAUUUUCAGAUGUUUUUUUAAAUCAUAAAUUGGAUUCUGAACGAUUUUACAUCAAAUUUUAGGGAAAUUUUGAGAACUUGCAAUUUUUGGCCAAAAAAUCCUGAUUUAAGAUCUGAAGUUCUGAUAUUCAGAAAUCUGAAAUUCCAGAUUUUUUUUUCGCUAAAUUUUUGAUCAAACUAGACUUUUUUCGCCAAAAUUUUCUAACCAAACUAGAUUUUGAAUAGGUAUUUAUUUUACCAGAUACAUUUCAUCUUCUUUUUCUAAAUUUCUAUUCUUCUUUUUUUGUUGUGUUUUAUAAUAUUGUAAGAUCUGCAUGAUGAGCAAACAAAAAGAAGAAGAAGAGGUUAGAUGACACAUUUUUGUAUGUGUCAACAAUGCAAUUUUUAUUUUAUUAUUAAUAAUAUGUAUGUGUACUCAUUUUUGUUGGUGUGUGUGUUUUAAUGUAUGUGUGACACCAUUUUUGAUAGGUGUAUGCAAAUUUUGGGGGAAUUUCUAGCGCCGAAAAUUGGAAUUUUUUGAAACUUUUUAGCUGAAAUUUGGAACUUGGCAAAUUUUCGAGCUUGAAAUUUAAGUUUAGACAUCUUUAGAUUGAGAUUUUGUACACGUGAGCUCAAAAAAUGAGAAAAAUUGGCUCAUAGAAGUUAUCAUAACUCAAAUCUCAAUGAUUUUUGUGAAAAUCUAAUUAUCAGAAAAUGAUCAGUGUAUUUGAUUUACCUGAAAAUCAAUAAUUUGAGUUUUCGGAAUUUUUUUUGAAAUUUGAAAAUAGUCCGAUAUUUUCCCAGGGUAAAUUUGAAUGUUUUCUUGUCAAAAUCGAUGCUCCCACAUUAUUUCUCCAAUUCUUUUUGUCUAAACAAAAAAUCGAUAAUUGUUAUGAAUAUUUUUUUUGGGGCUGCUUAUUUAUUUAUGUGUUUGUUUAUCAAUAAACCGUCCCUCUCACCUUCUUUUAUGCACAAAUUUUUUUGUUCAAAAAAAUUUUUUCACGAUAAUUUUAUUUUUAAAAACUGAUUCAGAAAAUGUUCACUUUUCCACAGAACUUUUCCAAAUUUCAUUUUUUCACAGUCUUUCAAUUUUUCUACUUCAAAAUCUCCUCGUUUUUUUUGCAGGUCAUUUAUACGGAACUCCUCGACCCGUUGAUUGUUAUGCUGAACAAGAAAUGGUAAUGUGUUCGGAAGGAUUGUUGCCACCAAAUUGGGAGACUGCUUACACUGAAAAUGGUGAUAAAUAUUUUAUUGAGUGAGUUUUUUGAGGGUGAAUUUUGGGUUAUAAAUAUUCAAAAAAUUAUGAAAAAUGAGAAAUUUUGACCUAGAAAUCCUCAUUUUUGGGUUUCUAGGCCGAAAAAUUGGCCAAGAUUGACCUAGGGACUAGAAAUUUGGAAUCUGGAUUUCUAGGCCAGAAUUUCAAAAUUAAGUGAAAGUACUCAACUCGCAAAUCAUAUGAGGACUAGAAAAUUACAAUAUGAAAUUCUAGGCCAUGAAGUUUUUCAAAUGUUUCAAUUCAAAUUUGAAUUUUAACUUCAGGGACUAGUUUUUCCUGUUUGUUUGGAUUCCUAGGCCAUCUUUUUUUGCCCGGAAAAUUCCACCAAAUCCCCGAAUUUCCCAUAUUUCCCUGGAGUCGAAUUUUUUUCAAAAAUGUUGAAAAUUUAUUUUUUCUGGUCUGUUUGCAAAAAGUGUUCUUUUUGUUAACAAAAAGCUUCGAUUUUUUCGAAACUUUUUUUCGCCCCCGAAAAUUUGAAUUUCUGAGCUAUGAACUUUUUUGCGGCACAAAAAAUUUUAACAGCAAAAACUUGAGCUCUGAACAUUGACAGGAAAUUUAAAAUUUUCGAAAAUAUUAGUUUUUGGCUAAAAAAAGAAUUACUGAAAAAUUGAAGUUUUUUUCUCAAUUUUUGACUCCAAAGAUGGUGAUUCGUCAUUAGUAAAUCCGGUUUCAACAUUAAAAAUAAUUUUGAAACGUAUUUUUUGGUCUCAAAAAUUUACACAAUUAAAAAGUCUUACCUAGAAAAAUUUGGAUUUUAAACAAUAAAAAUUGAGCUGUUGGCUCUCUGAAAAUUUAAAAUCCACGUCAUAACUCUGGAAUCUGAAUUUUUUGCAGCCAUAAUACUGGAACAACCACAUGGGAUGAUCCACGAGAAUUGCCGUCCGGUUGGGAACAAGUUGAUGAUCCGAUGUAUGGAACGUUUUAUGUUGAGUGAGUUUUUUGGGGAUGUUUUUGGACUCAUUUUGGGCUUCUAAGUCCCAAUUUAAGCCUAGUUUUAGGCGAAAAAACAGGAUUGUCAGCUUUUAAAAAUCUCUAAACACACUUCUAGAAGUUUCUGAAAAUCAAAAAAAAAAUUCUGAAAAUUAUACAUUUAUUUUGAAACAGUGAACUUCUUUCCAUACUUUUUCAAAUUUUCCAAAAAAAUUUUUUGACAUGGAUCUAUUUGUGUUUUUUUUCCACCCAAAAUGCACACAAAAAACGAGGAGCUUUGACUUUUCUCUCUUCUUUUUUUUUUUCAUUUUUUGUGCAUUUUUUUUGGAAAUUUGGUUAUCUCCUCGUUUUUUUUUCUCUGAAGCGAGAGGCGCAAUAUUUGUUUUGUUGUUGUUUUUUUUUCUGUUGUUAUCUGAUUUUUUUCCUGGGAAUUUUUCCAGGAGAAAUUGGAUUCUCGGACUGUUUGAGCCUCGAAUUCAAAUUUUGAAUUUUUCUCCAAAACUCGCUGAAUGUUCACUGUAAUUUUCAACCUGAAAAAAUCUACUGUUUCAAGUUUUGCAAAAAUUAUACUUUUUUUUUGAAUUUUGUUCAGGAAAAUGAAGAUGGAUUUAGAAUUUUAAAAAUAUUUUUUUCUGUGAAAAAAGUUUACUGUUUCAAAAGAUAAUUAUUAUUUUUGGGAUCUUUUGGAAUUUUUAGUAAAUAUCUUUUAGAAGUUUUAGUAAAAGUUUUUGAAAAUUCUAAUUUUUUAUCUAACUAGGAUUCAAAAGAUUUUUAAUCUAAAAAUUCUCAUGUUUCUUCUGAAGAUUGAACCCCUCAAAAAAGUCUGAAAAUAUCAUUUUUCACCAUGGAAAAAGUGUCAAUUUUCAAUUAUUUUUGAGCUCUAGAGCUCCAUGCUCCGAGCUCUCAUUCUCGUUCCAAAUUAUCCUCCAUCAUCAAUUUUUCUCCCCCUUUUCCCCCUAUUUUUCUCCAUUUUUUGGUUGGUGUUAUCUAAUUCUUCUUCUUUCGAAUAUCCCUGACUCCGCCCACUUUUUUUUCUGCUCUUUUUUGUGCAUUUCCUUCCUUUUCUAUAUUUUUUGCGCGUUUUUUUUUGAGCAAAAGAAGGAGGAGAAGUUUUCUAUGGAAACUAUUGUUAUUCUGCUCAUGAGCUACUAAUUUUUGGCUCGAAAUGUACUCGGCUACCGGACCUGAACUCAUCUCAAAUGUCGUCUAUUUUACUGCGUCCGCUUCCGCUUCUGCUGGAAAUUCUCAUCAGAAUCCGGGAUUGAAAGAGCAAUCCACGCAGACGAAAAGCUUUGUGCAAUUUCAACGAAAAUGUUGUUCGGAUGAUGAAAAUGAGUAUGAGGAAGAUGAUGAAGAAGAGCAAGAUGAGCUGGAAAAAGUGCCUUUGAUGAUGACUAGAUCAUUGAUUUGUAAUGGGUACUUCUGGGGGAUUUUGAGCUGAAAUUUUGGCGUUUUGGGAGAUGGUAUUUUUAGAGUUCCAGAGAUUUUCAGCUGAUUCUUGAGCCUGAAAUUGACAUUUCUGAGAGGUUCUGACCUCAGGAAGUGGUUAUAUUUGACAUUUUUCAGUUGUUGUGUAAUUAGUGUUUUUUCCUCCACAAUUGUGACCUAUUUUUAAGCUUUAUGCUGAAAAUUGAUAGUUUUGAAUAAUUUUUCCAGAAGUUUGAAUAAUCUGAAAUUUUCAAGUUUUCAGAGAUUGAUUUCUCUCAAUUUUUUCUAUGAAAAAUUCAUAAAAAUUUAUCAAAAUAUUAUUGCGUUUUCAAAGAUUUUUUGAUGAGAAAAACAUGUUUUUUUUUGAAAAUUUGGUGAAAAAAAUCUGGAAAAAAGGAUGUUUGACCGAAAAAUCUGAAAAUGGGCUCAAAAGGCCCUUCUGAGCUUGAAUUUGGCCCUGAAAUUCUCUAUUUUUGCAGCCACAUCAACAAAAAAACGCAAUACGAAAGGCCUUGUGGAUCGGGCCAAAAUGGAUUUGGAGCCGGACUUUUCGACGGGCCCAAUCAUCAACAACAUCAAAAAUAUGGAACUCUUCCGCCAGCAAUGGGACAAUCUUUGAAUAAUGGAAUCUAUUCGCAAUAUAAUGUGAGCAACCUUUUUUUUCUUUUUUUCACGAAAAAAACUUGGAAAAAUGCGGGAAAUCGGGAGAAAAUGUCGUUAAAAAUUUAUGAUCUGCAUUUCUUUUUUUGGCAUGAGAAAAUUGUGGGAAAUUGUGCAGAUUUUGAGCCAGAAUAUGAGAUUUUUGAGCAGAAUUCGAAAAAGUUGAAUUUUUCAUGGAAAAUUCAAAAAUUUCAUCCGAAAAAUGUUCAAUAUUCAAGCUUAUUUUUGCCCCGGAAAAAAUAGGUUUCAAAAUUUUUAUAUAUUUUUAUUUGAAAUUUUGUGAUUUGUUAUUUCUGAUUCUAAUUCAACUAAUGAUGAUUUUUGUGAAACGUAUUUGAGUUAUCUGAAAUUGAUUGAUAAAAUUUGAAUAAAAUUUCGAAUUUUAGGUGAAAAAAAUGCUCAUUAUCCACGAGAAUAAAUCAAAAAAUCGAUUUUUUUGCAGACUGGAACCUUGAAAUCUUCGUCAUCACCCCGAGAUUCUGGAUUCGACAGUUCACCAACUCGAUAUCGCAAAUUUCAAGACGGACCACUUUCAUCUGACACUGCAGUCACUUCUUCUGAUUAUGCAUUCAAUCGAUCCGGCAAUCCACUUUUCACAACAGAUCCCGCAAAAUUGCACGGCGAAAUGAUUGCGACAAAAAUUGUGAAAGGACCCAAAGGAUUGGGAUUUACAUUGAUUGGAAAUGAUGCAUCGAGUAAAGGAGAUGAAUUUAUUCAGGUGAACUCAACUAGAAAAAUUAUUAGUAUUAUUGAGACGGAGAUUUUCUGGAGCCGCAGGUUUUUGGGGUGAAAAAUAGUAAAAAUAACUAGAAACGAGGAGAUUUUUGCGUGAACAUUGAGAACAUUUUGAGGAAAAAUGAAUAAUAUGAGCAAUGCCGUGAAAAUUGGAAUUUUCAUCUAACCUGAGCAACCUUGUUUUUCUAUUCAAAAAGAACAUGAGCAAAUAUUGUGCUUAGAGAAUUUAAUAUGAGCAAUGCCAUGAAAAUUAUGUUAUUUUGAGUUAAUAUGAGGAACAGUAGAGAAAUUAGGUUUUCUCGGGAUUAACAUGAUCAAUUUGAUUGCAAAAUUUAACAUGAGCAAUACUUUUAAUAGCUUUCUAGAAAAUUUCUCAUAAUGAACUUUCAAAAAAAACUAUUUUGAAAUUGUUUUCCCAGAAUUUGUGUGUCAAAAAUAUGAAUUUUUAAAGAAAAAUUCAAAUUUUUGAAAUGAAAUCAGAUUUCUUUUGCCUCAAAAACCUUACAAAAAAUUCCCAAAAACUUUCCCUUUUUUCCAGGUCAAAUCAGUUUUGGCCGGUGGUCCAGCUGCAGCAAAUGGUGUCCUCCGAACUGGUGAUAUUUUGGUGCGAGUCAAUGGAAAAGUUCUACUUGGCGCAACUCAAAAAGAAGCUUGUGAUGUGUUUGUUUCGAUUCCAAUUGGAGAUCCAGUUGAGAUUCAAGUUUGUCGAGGAUAUGAAUUAUUUAUCGAUCCAACUAAUCGAGUGAGUUUUUUGGGGAUUUUUUGAGGCGGAGAUAUUGAAAAUUGAGUAAUUUUUAGCUGAAUACUGAAAAAUCGUGUGAUUUUUGAACCCAAACGUGAAUUUUUGAAACCAGACUUUGGAGCUAUUUUUUCUCUCAAAAAUCUUUCAUGAAAGAAAAAAUGCUAUUGUCCUUCCGAAAAAAAAGAACCUUGGAAGAGAACCGACAUGGCCUAGGAAACCAACACUACAGUAGACUUAGCGAAAUUUUGGAGUCAAUUUGAAAAAUAAAAUGCGAAAUUUACACGUUGGCUAUUUGCCAACCAGUUUGAUAUGCAUGUGUCACGUCAUUUUUAGUCUACUGUACGUGAGCGCCAAUUCAAACGGGGGUUCUUUUAUUUUCGGAAUGACAAUAUGUGGAAAUUUUCCAGCAUUUUUUGGACCAACAAAAACCCUGAAAAAUUGCCCGCGCUUUUUUAGGUUUCAGAAUUUUUAUAUGAGAAUUUAUCUUUUUUCGAAAUUUGAUUCUUCCAUUUGGUUGUCUCAAUUCAAUCUAGUUUUUCAUUGUGAUAAGACCGCGUGGAUUUUUUAUCUCCAAAAAAUCUGUUUGAAGAAAAAUUGCCACGUGGAAACUGAUUUUUCUUGAAAUUUCCAGGAUUGAAAAUCUGCGUUUCAAAAUUUGAAGGAAGAUGCCACGUGGCUUCUGCAAAAUUCUUUCAAGCUAAAAAUAUUGUUUUUUCCAGAUAAUAACUGAAAAUGUCUACUCGUCUGCCUAUCGAAAUCGCGAAAAAGACUUGCACGAAAUCGACAUUUUCAAAGGAGCCGAAGGUUUCGGAUUCACAAUUGCAGACAGUGUAAAUGGCCAAAGAGUCAAGAAAAUCCUCUAUCCACAACAAUGUCCGAAUUUGAUGGAAGGUGAUACGAUUGUCGAAUUGGAUGGAAAAAAUGUGAGACCGAUUGCUCAUACACAAUUGGUUGAUAUGUUACGAGAAAGACCUGUGGGAUAUCAGGGAAGACUUGUUGUCAAACGAGGAAAUUCGGGAAUAUCACCCAAAUCGAGAUCUAGAAAUGUAUCUGUAUCUGGAAAUGGAAAUGGAAGACAAUCUAGUAUGCCGCCUGAUGAAUUUUCGAACCGAAAUACACUUCAACGACAACCUGCUGUUGUUUCUACCGAUUAUUUUGAUGGACGUGGAAUUCGACCAAGUUCCACGACUUUGGGAUUUGCUACACCAAAUUAUAUUCCGAUUAGUGAAUUUGUGAACUCGCAAAGGUAGGGAUUCUGGGAUUCUAGGCCUUCUUCUACCAGUACAGUACCUCAAAAAUCGUAUACAGUAACCCUAACUCUAGGAUUAGAUUCUUGGGGUCCCUUCUAACAUAAGAGAGGUAUACUCAACUACUGUAGAUCUAUUUUGGCCCCAAAAAAUACAAUUCAAAUAUCCUCAUUCUUUUGAGGUACUGUAUAUAGAUCAAAUUUUAGCAUACAGUAUAGUCUAUUUGACUUUUUGAAUGUAUUUUUCCCACCACCUUCCCCAUUGAGAAGCGAAAUUUGAAAUUGAAAAUUAUGAAAAUUUUGAUACGUAAAAAUUCCGAGAAUUUUGUGAGCUCUGACAAAUUACCGAAAAUUGGCUCAGAAAAGUUAUAACCACAUUUAUUUGCAGAUCCGAUUUGAUCACCGUAUCCCUUAUCCGAAAACCGGUCGGUUUCGGUUUUCGACUUUUGGGCGGCGCCGAAUCGAAAACCCCUCUAUCAGUUGGUCAAAUUGUCGCAGGCGGAGCUGCUGAAGAAGAUGGCCGACUUCAAAAAGCCGAUGAAAUUGUUGAAAUUGAUGGAAAGAAUGUUGAAGGCGCAUCGCAUUCGGAUGCUGUGAUUCUACUCGAAAAUGCUGCACAAAUGAAGCAUGUUAAAUUGUUGGUGAGAAGGAGAAAUCAUCAAAAUAUGAAUGAGAUUCGACGAGGAUCUUUGAGUUCUGGAAUUGAUUCGGAGAGUUUUGAUGUUGUAUUACAUCGGAGUGAAAAUGAUGGAUUUGGAUUUGUUUUGAUGAGUUCACACAAUCGAAAUGGUUCGACAAUUGGACAAAUUCAAAAUGGAAGUCCGGCUGCAAAAUCGGGAAAAUUACAAAUUGGCGAUCGAGUUAUUGCAGUAAAUUCAAUCGAUAUCUUGAAUUUAUCCCAUCCUGAUAUCAUUGCACUCAUCAAAGAUUCUGGUCUAACAGUUAGGCUAACUAUUGCACACCGUGAAGCUGGUGGACCUGUUUUACCGAUUGUCUCAUCGACCCUCGGACGGAAUUUCACAAUGAAUGGGGAUCAUGGUUUGCCGCCGCCACCACCUUCGGUUUUGAGAAAUAAUUUGGCGACUUAUGUGCCGUUUGAUCAGAUGAGCUUGGCUGAGACGAGAGUUCCGAUUGUGAGUUUUGACUGGGGGAAAUUGGGAAGGGGGAUUUUUUGGAGAAGAAAUUUUGGAUCGAGACAGAAAAUAUUUUGAAAUUCAGUUUGUUUUACCAAGUUUUUUUUCAAAAUAAAAAUUUGAUUAUCGGAUUUCAUGAAUUUUGAAAUUUUUUAAUAAAAAAAUGAAACGUACUUUUUUCGGUUUCAAAAUUAGAUUAUCGAAUUUUCUGGUUUCAAAACAUUUUAAUAUAAAAAUUUUGAAACAGUGAAAAUAUGUUCGUACAAAAUAACCCAAAAUACUGGAAAUUUGGUUCAAAAAUUUCAAUUUCCAAUUUGUCUUCUCCUAAAAAUCCCCGUAACUUUCUAUUUUUUAUUUUUUAUUAACGAAAAAUUAAUUUUUUAUUUGUCCUUGUCCGAUUUUUGUUCACGCCUAGGUUUUUUGAGCACCACCGCUUCAAUUCUGAUUGUUUUUUUUUGUUGCUUUUCUCUAGUUGUUUUUUCACUAGCCUUUUAGGCUUUGUGUUGUGGAAAUAGUCAAGAAUCGCUACUCGAACAAAUGCAUUGUGCUUCAGUCAUUGAUUCGUAUUCCGAAAUAUUUGAGCAGGAAAUUUGUGAGGAUUUUUUCGAAGAGGAAGAAAUGCGAGAGUUUUCUGAGGAGCUGAUGGUUUUUCGGUUUGUUUUUUGAAGUUUUUAGUUUUGCAUGGCCUUUUUUUGAGGGGGAAUUUUGGAACGUCUGGGAGGAUUUUAGGGUCUAAAAAUUACGGCCAAAAUCCUCCAAAUUUUCUCUAUUUUCCCUCUUUGUCCUGUCCUAUUUUCUGUCUUGUUUUUUCUUUUUUUUUUCAAAUUGCACGGCUUUUUGCACCCACCUAUUUUUUAAUUUUUUUUUUCAAAAUUUUCCAAGUUAUCCUAACUCUUUUCCUUCCUUUCUUCCCCUGAAUCUUAUCCAAUUUUCCCUUUUUUUUCAGAACGGUAAUUUGAUUGACGUGGAAUUGGAACGUGGCGUCAAAGGUUUUGGUUUUUCGAUUCGUGGCGGACAAGAGUUUGGCUCGAUGCCGUUGUUUGUUUUGCGAAUUGCUGAUGAUGGACCGGCAAAAGGGGAUGGUAGACUACAGGUGAGCAGAUUUGCACGAAAUUGGCUGAAAAUUCGAGAUUUUUGACUGAAAAAUGAGCUGGAAGUUGUGAUUUUUAGCCUAGGAAUCUUGAAAAUUGAAUUCUUCACUGUUUUUAAAUAAAAAUUUCAUUUUUUUUCAAAUUAAAAACUGUUUGAUUAUAAAAGUCAUGAAUUUUUCCAAUUUUUUUGGGAAUGUCUUGAAAUUUUCAAGUUUUCUGGGUAAAAAUUGAUCUCAAAGCGAAAAUUUUCAAUAUGUGCCCAAAACUUCGUAAGAUAUCAUUUCUGGAGAAAAUCUCCUUAUUUAUGUGAAAAUUUUGAAACAGUGAGAAUUUUCUGAAAAUAUUUUGAUAACUAGAGUGUCUUUUAAAAAAAUAAAAUGCAUAAAUUUCAAAACUACAGUAAUUUUUAAUAAUUGUCUACAGUACCCCAAAAAAUUAUCGAUUUUUUUGCAGGUCGGCGAUCAACUUUUAACAAUAAAUGGACAUUCAACAAAAGGCAUGACACACGACGAAGCAAUUCAAAUAAUCAAACAAAAUUCGAUUGUCAAAUUGACUUGUCUCCGAAAUCGAUUGCCAUAA